CCGUAACCAAACAGGAUGUGACACAGCGCAGCUGAGACAUCGUCCUCUCUGUUGGGAGCAAGAGCGAUGCCGACCCCGGAGAUCAUGUCCGUUUUCGAGGCUGCUCAGGACCCUGUCCUCUUGUGCGGGCUAACCCUGGUCACCGGAGUUGCUGCGGACGCGUGGGCUACCGAACCUGCACCAGUGAGCCACGACAAUUCUGUAGUCACGAGGAGGGAAGAGAAUGUCCACAGGGUACCUGAGGUGCCAGAACGGAUGUGUUGCUUGACCUGCAGGCAGGUGUUUGGCAGCCGGGAGGAGCAGACUGAACACUACCAUCUUGACUGGCACCGCUUCAACCUGAAGCAGCGACUCCUAGGGCGCCAGACGCUGCCAGUAGAAGUAUUUGAAGAGAAGACCCGCAAAGGUGAUGUUUCCAGCAUCUCAGGGUCAGGUUCAGAGAGCUCUGAUGGAGGCAGUGAGUCAGAGUUACUGCCCUCUGCCAGCUUCAGCCCCAAGUGUCUCUCAGUCCCCAGGUCCCACAAGGUGCUGCUCCGCAAUGCAAAGGGCCAGCUCAUCUCUGCCUACCGCUGUGUGGUGGGCACCAAGAAGGGUGUCAGUGAGGAGCCAGUAGAUCUGGUGAAGUCGUUGCAGAGCCUCAAUGCAAGCACAUGCUGGGUUGUGUUGAUUAUGGGCGGCGGGCACUUUGCAGGAGCUGUCUUCCGAGGCCCUGAGGUGCAGGAGCAUAAGACCUUCCACCGUUACACAGUGCGAGCCCGGCAGGGCACGGCACAGGGCCUCCGGGAUGCUCAGACUCCAGGGUCAGCACCCAGGUCAGCUGGAGCCUCCCUGCGGCGUUACAAUGAGGCUGCUCUUCUCAAGGAUAUUCAGGACCUGCUGGCAGCCUGGGCCCAGCACCUGAAAGAAGCUCAGCGCAUCUUCUUGCGGGCUCCUCGUCACAACCGCGCACUGCUCUUUGGUGGCAGGAACCCACCCCUCACCCAAAGUGACCCUCGUGUCUGCCACAUCCCCCUCAGCACCCGCAGAGCCACCCUGCGAGAAGUGCUGCGAGUCCACACCAUGCUGGCCAGCCUGCAGGUGUAUGGGAAGGACACGCCACUGGAAGACAUCACUGGGUCCCCCCAGAAGAGCUGGCAGAAAAGGCAGCAGAAAGUGCAAAUGGAUCCUAUGCAGAAGGACAAAACCCCUGUCUUAUCAUCUGCCUCAGCCCCAGAGGUGGAGGAGGAGGAAGAAGAAGAAGAGGAAAGCCCUGAAGGGAAACUGGAGACUGUGGAAGUAACACUGGGAACCUUAGACCUUCGGGAGUUUGAAGUAGUGCCGAAGCGAAACUGCAAAAGGAGGAAGAGGAACAAGAAAGUAGAGAAAGGUGAGGGGGAAGAACUGAGGCCCUGUGCUGAAGUGAUGCAGUUGCAUGGGCAGCCUGGCCCAGAGCUGGUGGUAGAGCUGCAGAGGGAGGCUGGGGCUCAGCCUCUUCCCUGGGACAAUGGAGGAGACCCUCAGACCCAGCUCCGCAAUGCCCUCUUCACUGCCUGCAAAACAGGGGAUUUGGGGACGUUGUCACGCCUCCUGGGUGUGCCAGAGAGUGAAGGUCUGCUGGUGGACAGUGAGGAUGGGGACAGCACCCAGCCCCUGGAUGCAUCACGCUCCCUGCUCAACCAGCCUAUGGAUGAGGGUGGCUGCACCCUGCUUCAUGUGGCAGCACGGGCAGGGAAGGCCAAUGCUGUGUGCCUGCUGAUGGAGGCAGGAGCAGACCCUGCUCUCAGAGACAGGCAGGACAGGACCCCCUACUGUGUCUCUGCUGACAAAGUGACCCGCAAUGCCUUCCGCAAGUUCAUGGUGGACCAUCCAGACAAGUACGAUUACCACCGUGCCAAGGUGCCAGGGCCCCUGACACAGGAGAUGGAGGCCAAAAAGCUUGAAAAGAAGCGGGCGCAGAAAGCCCAGCGGAAGCAGCGGGAGCAGAUGCAGCAGGAGGAGCGGCAGCGCUGGGAGCAGGAGCAAAAAGAGAAGCAGUGGUUUGCAGCCCUCUCUGAUAGGGAGAAGAGGGCCCUGGCUGCCGAGCGCAGGCUGGCUGCACAGCUGUGGGACACCAGCACAACUCUUGCCAACAUCAGUCGCUGCUGGCAUUGUGGAGAGUCCCUCCUGGGCCUUGUCCCUUUCCAUUACCUUGACUUCUCCUUCUGCUCCACGGCCUGCCUGCAAACCCACCGCCAGGCCCGGGCCAGCCACACGUAAGGCUGGGAACUGCUGCUGCCUGUCAAGGACUCAGCACUGCAGUGAGGGAGAGUAUGUGGAGCAGUACUGAUCAGAGGAACGGAGCAGACCAGGUCACUCUCUGGGGCAGCUCUAGCAAAGUCUGGUACAAGAAUAUUGCUCUAGGUGGUGGCUCUGGGGUUGUUACAUGAGAGGUCCCCAGGUGCUCCUGUUAGAGGAUGGGACUGUUUUGUGGCUUGACUCCAUCGAGGGGGCCUGCUGCCAUCUUUUCUCCUGGCUCCAUUAUAGCCUGCUGCCUGUAGUGGUAGAACAGAUCCUGAUGCAUCCGGACCCUGCAGCCCUAAGCUAUCUCCAAGCCACACCUGUGAACACCCUCUGGCCUGCACUGUGCCCUCUCCUCUCCUGGAUGUCUCAGCUCUAUCAUGUUAGCAACUACCUCCUCUGCCUGCACUGUCAAUAAAGAGGUGCCUUGACCCCUAGGCAUGGGGUGGUAUCA